AUGCCUUUUUUUGCUAAUAUACUCAAGAAACCAUUUGAAGCGAAAUUCGACGUUGAAUAUUGCACGGCGAACAGAAUUUUUAGAAAUGAUACACCAAACAUUCAGGGAAAGGUUACAAUAAGUGCUCUAAAACAAAUCAGUAAGGUGAUUGAAAUAGAUGUUGGAUUCAAGGGCCUGAUACAUAACUACUUCAAACAAGUUUAUGUGACUUAUAGUUUUACAAUGACGGGGGCUGUUACCCGUGUUAAGGAACUCAAGGAAGAUCGUUUAUUAUUUGAGCAGGUGGAUGAAAAGAAAUUUGAUAAUCCAAUCGAUAUCAAAGAUAACGGAAAACCAAUUAUUAAAGACUUUAAUUUUUGUUUCCCAUCUACAAUAGAUCUUCCAAGUACUUGCGACAAAUUAGGAGGUAAUGCAGAUAAUCAGGGACAUACAACAGUAUCAUACUACCUAUAUGUUAUAAUCAGACGAUCUGAUGGAGUGUUUCACUCCGGGGAUCUUGAAAUAAAGUAUCCUAUCUUGUUCCAAGGUGCAAGUGAGGCUUUUGCACGUGAUAUCAUGAAAACUGUGAAAUGCAAGAGUACCUUUGAAUCAAAACUUAAAAGAAGAAUUUGGGAUAUGAAGCAGAAGCAAUUCACUACAAAUCCAAUAGCAAGAGCAAGAAGACAUACGCGAGGGAUUAGACAACUUUGGGACGUUAAUUAUCGGAAGGAAAAUUAUGGGAUUUAUGCACAGGAUGUUACGCUCUAUUGCAAUUUCGUAUACUGUGAGAAUUUCAACCUCAUGCGGCCUUUGAACGAGUUGCUUUGGCUUAGAUUUUAUGUUAGAGGUCGCAAAUUAAAUGAUAACAACGAGAAACCAAUUCUGGACGAAAAUUUCUGUAUCAACGGGAAAUCAACUGGCCUUGGCCGCUUUUCAUUAAAGGAAUUAAAUAUAAGACUUUAUCAUGAUAUGAUCAUACGUACGGAGUACGCACGAUAUCAAUCCAAAAUCUUGGAUGAUUUAUAUCUGGUGCAACCGUCGGGAGGAAGUUUUAUCAUGGACGUUUGCAAUUUUUCGUAUGAUUCCAAGCAGAACAUUUGGUAUCAGGAUGUUUCCAUCAAUGAAAUACUGGGGAAAAAAUCUUCAGAUAUCCCAUUGAUAGACGAACUAAUUAGACCGGUUAUGUGCACAUAUUCAUUAGAAUCAUUUCUACGGGCAGUAACAGGCUUAAGAUUUGCUCUUAAGGUUGGAACAGACGAGACUGACAGUGAAAAUGUAAAAGAUCUUGAAGCUGAGGCUCCAGCAGUCGUUACAUGUUUUGAAAACCUUCCUGCCUAUGGGGAAGAGCCUGCUCCAGAUGAAAUGACCCUUCCUCCAGCUUUCAGCACUUAA